GUCCUCCCGCCGUUUUCAGCGCUGUCCUCCGUCUUUCUGUCGUGCACGAGACCUCAAUUUGUUGUCAUAUUAAAACUCUCUCACAGCGACACAAACCAGAGUCAGAGUCAGAGGCCCUGGCUGCCUCCGAUCUCCCUACCCUCAUUCCCGAUGAAUUCACGGCCUGGUCGCAGCGCAGUCGAUAAGCCAUGAGGUACAUUUACCUGCGGGGACUCCAAUCCCUUCGCCAACGGCUUCUCUCUUCGAGUCAUAUAUACCACGAAUCCACACUGCCAAUCUCACGAAGCCACCCUCUCUCCGUAUGGGCUCCCCAAUCUCGAUUCUACUCGCGCGGAGUAGGUGGGUUCCCUAGUACUCCAGGCCAGGCUACAGGGCCUAAACCACAACGCUACUCUCGGCCAACGAAUGAAGAGAUAGAAGCGAACGUCAUCCAGCUCGUAAACGAGAACGGGCAGCUGGAGCUGCCAACAUUGAAAAACAAUGUCCUCAUCUCCCUGCGCCGGGAUUCGCAAAUUCUUGUUCAGCUAGACCCUGGGGGUGCUGGGCGGAACACCGUCUGCAAAGUCAUGAACAUCAAGGAUCUGAGGGAUCAAGAGAGGGCUAAAGAGAACACGGUGCGGUUAGCGAAACAUGCGGCGAAGACAUCGCAUAAACAGAUCGAAUUGAAUUGGUCAAUUGAUCCGCACGACCUCGCGCAUCGCCUUAAAAAGCUUACGUCCUUUCUCGAGAAGGACAAAACAGUGGAAAUUGUGUUGACGAGAAAGAAAGGUAAGCGCGCUGCUACUGCUCCGGAGAUUCAGCAACUGCUGGACCACGUCCAGUCGACCGUCCAAGCAGCCAAUGCUCACCAGGCCAAACCAAUGGACGGAGAGCCUGGAAAGACACUCACAAUCACUGUUGAGAAAAAGAACUAGAGGCACAAUUGACGUCUUACGGGUCAUUUAUGCCUGGUGUACUAUAGCUGUAUCAUAAAAUCGACAAUACCUAUUUGGAGUCCCGCUCCUUGGCUGGGACACAUUCUGCGCGUGACAUGCUCGAUCCUUUGUAGAUAUACCAGUGUAGUCUAAAUUAAUCUCAAUCAAAACCAUA